CAUGCUGACGGCUCGCGCGUGCUUUGCUAACCAUGGCGGCCGCCAAGAAGCCUUUGGAGUUCCAUGCCAAGCGGCCCUGGGGUCCUGACAAGAAGGUAGACGACACGGACGAGGACGACGAGGAUGAUAACGAUGAAGCCGAGAAUGGGUUCUCCAUGGAGGAAGUGUUACGGCUUGGAGGCACCAAGCAAGAUUACCUUUUGCUGGCUGCUUUGGAUGAGAAUGAGGAAGUUGUGGAUGGAGGCAAAAAAGGAGCAAUUGAUGACCUUCAGCAAGGUGAAUUGGAAGCAUUUAUUCAAAGUCUGAGUUUGGCCAAGUAUGCAAAAGCUUUCAUAAUUGAAGAUGAACCGCCCAACAAAGAAGAUGCCAACAAAAACGCAAGCAUAUCUAAAUUAGAUAAUAAAAAGCAAAAUGCAGCAGAAGGUGAAAGGACAUCAGUCAGUAAGGUGAAAAAUAAGAAGAGACCAGAAAAACAUUCUGAUGAGAACAACAGUGCUAUACCAAAAGUAAAGAAAGAUAAACAACAGGACAUCUUUGAAUUUGUCGAGAGACCAGCAUUGUUACUGAAGCCUGGAGGCAAAUGGUAUGAUCUGGAGUAUAGCAAUGAAUGUUCUUUGGAACCCCAGCCUCGGGAUGUUGUGUCUAAGUACAAAACUUUGGCUCAGAAGUUGUAUGAGCAUGAAAUUAACUUAUUCAAAAAUAAGUCAAAUAAUCAAAAGGGAGCCUCUUCUACCUGGAUGAAGGCAAUUGUGUCAUCGGGGACCCUAGGAGACAGGAUGGCAGCCAUGAUUCUUCUUAUUCAGGAUGAUGCUGUUCACACACUCCAGUUUGUAGAAACUCUCGUAAACCUUGUGAAAAAGAAGGGCAGCAAACAGCAGUGCCUCAUGGCUUUGGAUACUUUCAAAGAGUUACUCAUUACAGAUCUUUUGCCAGACAGUCGGAAACUGCGGAUUUUCAGCCAGCAUCCUUUCAACAAACUAGAACAGUUGUCUAGUGGCAACAGGGACUCCAGAGACAGAAGGCUUAUCUUAUGGUAUUUUGAACACCAGUUGAAACACUUAGUGGCUGAAUUUGUGCAGGUCUUAGAAACUUUAAGUCAUGAUUCAUUAGUAGCCACGAAAAUUCGAGCUCUUUCAGUGGCUCAUGAGCUUCUUUGUAACAAACCUGAGGAAGAAAAAGCUCUUCUUGUGCAGGUGGUAAACAAACUGGGAGAUCCUCAGAACAGAAUAGCCACAAAAGCCUCCCAUCUGUUAGAGACAUUGCUUUGUAAACAUCCCAACAUGAAAGGCGUCGUGUGUGGUGAAGUCGAAAGGCUGCUCUUUCGCUCAAAUAUCAGCUUCAAAGCACAAUAUUAUGCAAUUUGCUUUUUAAAUCAAAUGGUCCUCUCCCAUGAAGAAAGUGAAUUGGCUAACAAAUUAAUAACUCUGUAUUUUUGUUUUUUUCGCACUUGUAUCAAGAAAAAAGAUAUUGAAUCAAAAAUGCUUAGUGCCCUUUUAACGGGAGUGAAUAGGGCCUACCCUUAUUCCCAGACUGGUGAUGACAAAGUGAGGGAGCAGGUUGAUACGCUGUUUAAAGUGUUACAUAUUGUGAAUUUUAAUACCAGUGUGCAGGCUUUAAUGUUGCUUUUCCAAGUUAUGAAUUCUCAGCAGACAAUAUCGGAUCGAUAUUAUGCAGCAUUAUACAGGAAGAUGUUGGACCCAGGGUUAAUGACAUGUUCAAAGCAAGCCAUGUUUCUUAACCUUGUCUACAAGUCUCUGAAAACUGACAUCGUGUUGCGCAGGGUGAAGGCUUUUGUGAAGAGGUUACUUCAAGUUACUUGUGAACAGAUGCCACCAUUCAUAUGUGGAGCUUUAUAUCUCGUGUCUGAGAUCCUUAAAGCAAAACCAAGUUUAAGAAGUCAACUAGACGAUCAUGCGGAAUCUGAUGAUGAUGAAAAUUUUAUUGACAUAAGUGAUGAUGAAGACAUAGAAACAUUCACUGAUGCAGAUAAAGAAAUAGGUACCGUGAAAAAAGUUGAGACAGAAGAAACUGUGUCUAAAAGUCAUAUGGAAACCAAAAAAUCAGAGUCUGCAUCUUGGGUACACUUUGAUAAUUUAAAAGGUGGCAAACGGUUAAACACAUAUGAUCCAUUCAGUAGAAACCCUUUGUUCUGUGGAGCUGAAAAUACAAGUUUUUGGGAACUCAAAAAGCUAUCUGAACAUUUUCAUCCCUCUGUGGCUCUAUUUGCAAAAACUAUCCUUCAGGGAAAUUAUAUUCAGUAUUCAGGGGACCCACUUCAGGAUUUCACACUAAUAAGAUUCUUGGAUCGAUUUGUAUACCGAAAUCCAAAGCCACAUAAAGGCAAAGAAAACACAGACAGUGUUGUGAUGCAGCCAAAAAGAAAACAUUUUAUAAAGGAUAUCCGUAGUCUUGCUGUGAACAGUAAGGAGUUCCUUACAAAAGAAGAAAGCCAAAUACCAGUGGAUGAAGUGUUUUUCUAUAGGUAUUAUAAAAAAGUUGCUCUUGUUAAAGAGAAACAGAAACGGGAUGCAGAUGAAGAAAGUAUAGAAGAUGUGGAUGAUGAGGAAUUUGAAAAGAUGAUAGAUACAUUUGAAGAUGAUAAUUGUUUCACCUCUGGAAAGGAUGAUCUUGAUUUUGCUGGCAAUGUGAAAAAGAAAACAAAAGGAGCUAAGGGUGAGCCAGAAAGUGAAGAUUCGGAAGAUAGUGAUGACGACCUUGAAAACCUGGAUGAUGAUGAAGUGUCUUUAGGAAGUAUGAAUGAAGAAUUUACUGAAAUUGAUGACGAUGGAGGAACAUUCAUGGAUGUGUUGGAUGACGAGAGUGACGGCAUUCAAGAACUUAAUGAAGUCAGCUCCAACGUCAAUUCUAAGAAAAGCAAGAGGAAACGUGCAAAUGAUUUUGACUUUGCUGAAUCAUUUCAAGGACCCAGGAAAACAAAGAAAAGAAAUCUCAGUGACUCCAACCUAUUUGUAUCUGCUGAAGAGUUUGGCCACCUAUUGGAUGAAAAUAUGGGAUCCAAGUUUGACAACAUUGGCAUGAAUGCCAUGGCUAACAAAGAUAAUGCAAGUCUCAAGCAGCUCAGAUGGGAGGCUGAACGCGAUGACUGGCUACACAACAGAGAUGUGAAGAGUAUCAUCAAGAAGAAGAAAAAUUUCAAAAAGAGGCCGAAAACCACUCACAAAAUUAAAAAGCAAAGAAAAUGAGUGUUUUCUAGAUAAAUUAUAAAUUCAAAUUCUACUUACUUCUAACUUUUGUUGUUCAACCAUUUUUCUUGAUCUUGCUGUCUGAUUCCAUACAUUCCAGAAUAUUCAAUGGAUUUGUAAUAAACUAUUAAAAAAAAAUCAUUUAUAAAAUCAUGUAAAAAUGUUAAAAUUAAAUAGUAUUGAGAAAUAUCAAACUUUUUUCCUUCUUGCUACAUAUUUCAUGCAGAAGCUGUAGCACCUAUACUAAUCAUUGUAAUGAACACUAUUUAUUAGGCAGAUACUGUGCUAAUUAUGUAAUGUUACCUCAUCUGAUCCUUAUAACAAUUUGUGAAGUGGGUGUGAUUAUCUCUACUUGGCAGAGAAACAGCUCCAAGAUGUUAGCAAACCUGAGAUUGG